UUAACCAUCCAAUCCAGCAUUUCUUAGUAUCCCACAAGUCAAUGUAAACACUUCCGGUUUGUUCGCCGCAAGACGCAAACAUGAAGCUUUGGAAAGCAGCAUUGCUUUUGGCAUUCGCUUGUUAUCUUCCAAGUGAUGCUGAAGAGGAAACAGAAGCCAGACUUUUGGUUGCAAAAAACAUUUUAAACCAGUACCUUGUGGAAGGCAAAGACUUGACAGUAGAAUACCGAAUUUAUAAUGUUGGAGGCAGCUCGGCUCUUGACAUACGUUUAAAAGAUGACAGUUUCCCAGAAGCAGACUUUGAAAUUGCGAGAGGAAAUCUUAAUGUAAUCUGGGAACGCAUCGCACCAAAUACAAAUGUCACACAUGCUGUCAUUCUGCGACCAUUGAAGUCAGGCUACUUUAACUUUACAUCUGCUGAAGUCAGCUAUCGGGUAUCAGAGGAAUCACAAGACAGACAGAUUGGCUAUAGCAGUUCCCCAGGGGAAGGUGGCAUUGUGCCACGUAAAGACUUUGACAGACGCUUUUCUCCACAUGUUGUGGACUGGCUUGUGUUUGCCAUCAUGACUCUCCCCUCCCUGGGAAUUCCAUUCCUCUUGUGGUACAGCUCCAAGCUCAAAUAUGAUGCACCUAAACCCAAGAAGUCAAACUGAUGUAGACAUUUAUAGCUUAAUUUUUUAAGUGGUCUUUGUGUUCUGUGUACUAAAUAAAAUUUGAUUUUUAAUA